AUGCCGCAAAUUAAUGAAAAAAGAUCGUGCUUUCUUAAGUGGAUAGGAAUUGAACUUUUAAUUGAUAUCUUGAUUCUUGUUGUACAGUUGAAAUUAGAGUCAGCAAUUCGCGUUGCUCUCACGAGCUCGACCAUUGACCCACGAUCUCACUCGAGCACGAUGACAUCGGUGACCCGGUCCCUUAAUGCGGCAGGUGCGGAGGAUCUCCUGCACGUGUUGCAGGACAGUGUGAUGUUAUCGUCGACGCGGAAGGGCGGGAGCAGCGCCAGCGUUGUUCCGUGCGACGUGCGAACAAACCCCACAGCAACGCAGCAGCACCAGCCGUCGUUUUGUUCUGCUGAACAUUUACUAGGAGGUGGCAAGAAAUCCUCGACGAGGACGGCGCGGGCAGCGGUAGACACGCCUUCAGCUCUUCCUUCUUUGUCCAAAAAUUUGGGAACUUCCACCUCGUCGAGUUCCUCUUCAGCUUCAGCUGCACCACUUUCGCCGCAUGGGCAUGUGUCUGGGCGCGGUGAAGAAGAUGGACUACAGCAGGUUAAGGAGAGCUGCGAAGAAGGCGGCCUCGGAUCUUUUAGGAUCAACACGAAAUCGCCCAUCAUUCCGCUGGGUCACAAGAAUGUUCAUUCCGAGCAUUUGCUGCAUCGGGAGGAGCAGAAGGGUUGGACCGGACGUGUAGGUGGUGGUCGGGCAGGGGAAAGUGUAGGUUUCGGGAAAAACGGAUCGCGGGAUCGCGGUGCGGAGAAAAUAUCGGGAGCGCCAU